GGUUCUCUUGUUUUGGCGCCACGAACAAGGAAGUAUAGUGGGGUCGCUGUAAGAAGAGGGGAGAAUUUCAUUGUUUUUUUAUUCCGUAAACCGUUAAAUUUGGGUGUCACGUUUACACUCAUGGACACACAAUCUUAUUUUCCUGUUGCUCCUGGUGUGCGGAUGGAGGAGAAUUUUCUGUCUCUCGACGACAUUCUACUCUCCCAGGAGAGGCUCCCUGUCCGGACGGAGUGCGUUUUCCCCCGGCUUGGAUUCCUGGAGAAGUCGAGUGACUCGCAGGACAUUCCGGAGGGUACAAAGAUGGAGCUUCCUCUGUGGCUCUCUAAGGGUCUGUAUGAGAAGAAGAGAAAGGUGCUGUCUGUGGAGCUUCCUAAAGUAUACAAAGAAGGCUGGAGGACCGUAUUCACAGCUGAUCCCAAUGUGGUGGACCUGCAUAAGAUGGGGCCCUACUACUACGGCCUGGGAUCCCAGAUGCUGCAUUUUGACAGUCCAGAAAACCCAGACAUCGCAAAGACAUUGUUGCAGACAUUUAUCGGCCGCUUUAGACGAACAAUGGACUCCUCCCAGAAUGCCUACAAUGAAGACACAUCUGUGCUGGUGGGACGCCUGGACUGCUUGGAGAAGGUUCUGUUCAGGUCUGGUCAGAAUGGCCUGAACGGCUUCCAGAGCUGGGAGAAGGGUCAGGCCUCGCAGCUCACUGCCUCCAGCCUGGUUCUCAACUACCGUAAGAGGAAGCUUGUCGAUGUUCAGGCCUGACCUUGGCCUGGUCAUGUCAGAGCAACAGACUCUUGGGAGCAGAUUUACCUUGGACCACUUCCUUAUCUACAUCUGACCCUAUAAAGUCAGAGGGACACCCUGGCUGAAAUAAAACACAUAUUUGUAUUUUA